GCCACUCUAUCGAUUCAAGUCUAGGGUUUAGAAUGGCUCUGUUUUGCUCACCCUCUACAACCCCCAUUUGUUCAUCCCAAGUCCGUAAACCAUUGGCAAUCGUAUCAUUAUCAGUGUCAAAAUCCCUAAACCAAUAUACAUCCAACCCCAAAUUUUCAAGCAAUUCAUUUUUCAGCCCACCAGUUACCAAAUCAUCUUUACAAAAUCCCCAGCUUUGCUUGAGCUCUACCUCCUCAUUGGACUCAGAAGAUAAUGCUUCACCAAACACAAUAAUCUUCAUAAAAGGACUGCCAAAAUCUACAUCUGAGGAAAGCUUGAAGGCUGCAUUUUCCAAAUUUGGGGAUGUACUCCGAGUUAAAAUUUUACUUGAUAAGAAGACCAAACAACCUUUGUCUUUUGCUAAUGUCUGGUUUUCUAACGAGGAGUCUGCUGUAUCAGCUGCAGAUGAGAUGGAUGGGAAGUUUUUCAAUGGCAGGUUUAUACGUGUGAAUGUUGCAAAGCCAGGAUCAUGCAAAAGUCGUGCUAAGACACCACCUUACAAGUUCUAGUCGAACAAGAAUCCUCCUUGAUCUCUAUUGUAAUCUUUGGGAUGUGGGCUUGUAGAUCUGUGGAGUUUGGGCAUUUGUAGAUCAUUGGAAGGGCUGGCUGCUGUAUAGCGAACCUGUAACUUUCAGACUAGUAAGUGCGAUAUCUUGUAUGAAGACUCAAAUGCCUUCCUGGUUUGAAAAGAUUUUUCCUUGUGCUAAAUGGCAAGCUUUUAGAAGAACUGUGUUAGUUUCUUCAUGGUGAAAGAUUAGUGCAUUUUUUCUGUUGAAAUUCUGGAUGAUUUGAUCAUUUAUUUAAUGGUCUUGUGGGAUGGAAUUUUCACCUUCAA